CACAUCGCUGGUUGUAGUUCAUACAGCUCCAGAUACGUACGUUGUGUGCCAGUUACCUAUGACCUUCCCCCAUACAUGUAUAUUUACGCAAGCGCAUGGUCUUUCGCUUUGGCAGAAUUUGCCCUCUGAUAAUGCAAACGAGAUUUCUUUGCUAACCACGACAGGAACACAAUUCAUAACUGGUUGUAGCUAAGGAUUCAUCAUGGACAUUUUCCGUUCACUGGUCUUGCUACUUGUAGCUUACUUGGGAGCCGUGUCCCAUGCUGCCGGAACAACGGAGGCUCCAAAGGUAACUGACGCUCCGUCACACACUUUGAGCUUGACCUCUGACGCCCACACGACCAAUGCCGCGUCGGCCGCUACCACCGGUGCCACUGUCAGAACCACGGCCACCCGUGCCCCCAAAACGACUCCCCCUCCUUCGCAAGGCAUGGUCACGGACGUCGUCAUAACGGGUACCUCUCCAACCAACCAUACCACCGGCUCAACUAAGGGCCCUACCACCCCCACUGCAGAGCCCACCCCCACUCCGGAGCCCACCCCAAGAUAUUCAGUCAAUAACUCUGCUGGUGAGCCCUGCAUGCUUCUGAAUUUCAAUGCCACGAUGAAGGUCAAAUACGAGACCAAAAACCAAGGGCUUCUCGAAGCAGACAUUCCAAUCAUGAAUACCACAUUCUUCGAAGGGUUUUGCGAGGCUGACGAGAAAGUACGCAACUUCACGCUCUAUUAUCCAAACAAGGAUUUUUCCUGCGCCCAACUGGUGCUGUUUUUUAACGAGUCCGGUGCGUCGACGUAUUACAACCGGCAAGGAAUCUCAGUGCGCUACAUCGAACCCUGUUUUCAGUCGAACGCUGUAAAGUACAAUGAACUUAAGGAAGGUCAUUACCCACCUUCGUAUGUUGGAACAAUCGGCAAGAGCUUUAAGUGCGAUUCCGUGGCGUGUUAUUCCAAAAAAGGUCAUUUCACCGUGAUGCUGUAUGACAUUCUGAUCCAACCGUUUGCACAGAAAUCAAAAGAUAAAGGCCACUUCGGUGAAGUCGAAACUUGUCCGGAGACAGUGCCAACGACAGGCCACCCAAAAUCAACACCAGGGGGGUCGGUGCACCCUCCUCCCAGCAAGGCCAGCCCCAGCAACGCCGGUAUGAUUGCCGGCAUCGUCAUCGGAGUGUUGGUCGCUGUCGCCAUCAUCGUGGGUGUAGCGGUGUACGUCGUCCGGAAGCGGCGACUGAUGAAGAACAUAUCCUACGGAAACCUGUAAAUCCUACGAGUCUGUCAUUAACUGCACACGGGCUUAAAUUGCGAAGUGAAAUAUUCCGGCUAAUUUAGGCAAUUAUGCCAUAUUUAUCAUAAUGAGCUAGUUCGGUAUUUUAAAAAGCCAAGGCCUUUCGGGAACGAGGCAGAUGCUUGAGUCAGCACGGCUGCACUGAUUGGACAGACUGUCGCUCGCGCUUAGCAAUUCACGAAUAGGCGUGCGCUGUUGGAAUACCGAACUCAUCACUAAUAAUCAAAGCAUGAUCGAAAAAAGCGAUUCGGAUCCUGCUGCUUGUCAUUGCUUAUUGUGUAGAAGCGACUCAAACCAACAACGCCCAUUACAAAUCUGGGGCUUUAGUACAAAGAUUGCGUACACGUACUUGUAAUUUUCUCAUCGAUCGUAUGUAAUCAGUUAAUAGAAUUAAUGCUUGAAUUCAACUGUACAUAAUAGAAGUGUGACAUCACAAUAAAACAGAACAGUUCUAAUUAUAAGUAAAAUUUA